AUGGUACUUAGAAUAUCUAUCGGAGAAGUCUGGCUGGGAGAAUGGAAGAAAUUCAGACGCUCAAAUGACUUUAUUUACAAUAACGUGGAGAGGAAAGGAAACACACAAAAAGAUGAUGCGAAUAGCAGUGUGUCAUAUGAAUCUCAAUUUUUUGAACAAGAAAUUGAAUUUGGGGAUUUAAAUGAACAAAGUGAAGAUAUUGCUGAAAAUUAUGACAAGCACCAAGAGUUAACCACCAAAACACAGGAUUCUGAAGAUAUUUUUACCAAGCAAUCUAUCUCUAUUAUUACAGAGGAAUCUAAACAACCAUGUCAACAUAGUCAAAGUCAUUUGUCACCCACUGGCCACUAUACUGGGCUAUUGUUACAGUUUGACUUUGCAUCAAAUGUAUCACGUCAGCAAUCCUUUGUUGUUCAUGAUUAUAAUGCAAACAAAAGAACAAUUAUGCAUAAUUCAUUUGUAUUUGUACAUCGAUAUCCCCACCUAUUGCUUGAUGGCUACGGUUGGAUAUUGUGCUGCUCAUGUGAUGCAAAUAGAAAGCAAUUUGUUGAAGCCCUACCUAAUAAUAUACAAUUAGAUCCUCAAAAAGAUAUACCAUAUCCCAGUUGCAUACACAUAUUAGCAAUGGAAAAAUAUCUGGUUGUGUAUGAUAGAAAGUUUGGUAUUGAAGCCAAAGAUUUUAUUGAAAAAAAAUCCACAUCCAUGAUGCAGUCUGUUUUCAGUGAUCAUUCCUACCAUGAGAUGCGACCUGAAGAAGACUUGUUUAGUGCAGUGUGCAGAGGUUCAGUGGAUUGCUGUAAAACCAGUGAAUAG